UGUUAUUAACGUCAAGAAUUACAUUAAAUUAGUAGCGUUUGUAACUAAUCAAUUAAACUCUGCAUGCGUAGUGAAGCUGUUUUAUUUUGUAGUUUCAGAAUUGUUUUUGUAAACUUAUAUUUUAAAAAUUUGGUUAAAUUCAUUGUUAGAAUUUAUUUCUGCAACUGACUGAAUGCAUUUUAUUAUAUAAUCAAUAUACCGAAUUUGAUUUGGCUUUUUCCUCAUUAUUAACAAAAACAGUGCUGAACAGUAGGCUAUAGCUUCACUGUUGCAAGCUAUUUAACUACAUUUCUCAGUAGUAAGAUGGUAGUCGAUAGUUUAUAAAUCACGAAGCUAUUCAGUUAAAAAAAAAAAAAAAAAGAAAAGAAAAAAAAUAUUUUCUUGCGUAAGUAGGCUAGCGGGUUGCGUUGACAAACACUAAAAUGUUUCGGUGGAAAUAUUACUCGAAUCUAAUCACGACACGUUGCUGUCGGCUGUUUGGAACCAGGACUAGCGAAGCCUAACCGCGAAUGAUUCUUUGGAGUCUGUUCUUUUCAACGAAUCGAUCAAACUGGUUCCCAAAACGGUCUGAAUCAUUUAGACGGCUCACUCGCGCACUGAUCGUUUGGAGCGGUUACUCAUUGACAGUACUUUAUUGAACACAGAGAAGAACAUGACUGCUGAAUAAAGCGGAUAUUUGCCUACAGUUCAUUGAAAUCCAACCUGCAAACGCAUCUUAUUCUUUGGCAGCGAUAUUAAGUAAAAACCUGCACGUGCACACGUGAACGACUCUCUACUGCAGUGCAGGUCCCAGGCAGUAUGAACCAGACUGAUCACCUGUCUCCAUGCCAACUGAAGCUUCCGGUCGAGGUACACCUAAACUCUCCUGUCAGAAGGUGACCUCUCUGCCCCAAUCCAAACUCUACAGGAAGAAAGUCCUACAGUUUUUGAACAGCGUGAGGAAUAUGCCCGGCCUGCACAAUGGACUCCAACAGCACAGAGUUGGACCUGUACUCUCCAUCCGACGCCCCGGGAAUGGGAAUCUACGCAGAAUCCACUCCGUGGCCACUGCUCCAGAACACAAGCCUCAUCAACCACAGUGCUGUUUUCAAGCUCAAUGGAAGUAAUGUUGGGGUUGAAGGUCAAUCCUAUGAUCCUCUGGGCGGCCACUCACUCUGGCAGGUCAUUCUCAUCGUUGUCUUUACAGGACUGCUGUCCCUUAUUACUAUUAUCGGCAACAUCUUGGUCAUGGUGUCAUUUAAGGUCAACCGGCAGCUUAAAACAGUUAACAACUACUUCCUACUGAGUUUAGCCGUGGCAGAUCUCAUCAUUGGGGUCAUCUCUAUGAACUUGUACACUACCUACAUCGUCAUGGGCCAGUGGGCAAUGGGAAACUGGGCGUGUGACCUCUGGCUAGCCAUAGACUAUGUAGCCAGCAAUGCAUCCGUCAUGAAUCUGCUGGUCAUUAGUUUUGACCGCUAUUUCUCCAUUACAAGGCCUCUGACGUACCGUGCCAAACGUACCACCAGGCGGGCAGGAGUGAUGAUUGGCCUGGCAUGGUUUGUGUCGCUCAUACUUUGGGCGCCUGCCAUUUUAUUUUGGCAGUAUUUUGUUGGAGAAAGGACCGUUCCACCGGAUAAAUGCUACAUUCAGUUUCUCUCCGAGCCCAUUAUUACAUUUUGCACCGCAAUGGCGGCUUUCUACCUGCCGGUGACAAUAAUGAGUGUCCUGUACUGGCGAAUUUACAAAGAGACGGAGAACCGUUCUCGGGAACUUGCAGAAUUACAAGGCUCUGGUGGACGGUUCGGGGGUGUCGAACGACCGCAUUUCCACCUCCACGCUACUGGGGGGAGCUCCAGAAGCUGCAGCAGCUUCGAACUGGGCCAGCCUGGCCACAAACAAAGCUCCUUUCAUGGUCUUAGCGGGCGAUUCCACUGCUGGGGCUGGAAGUCGGGUGGCAGAGAUAAAGGUGGGCCGCACCGGGAGGCAGAUCAGAGCAGCAGUGACAGCUGGAACAACAAUGACACUGGACUUUCAGCCGACCACUCGGGCUCGUCUGACGACGACGAGAGUGCGCCAUCCACCACACGGGCGAUCUUCUCCAUUGUUCUCAAUCUGCCUGGCAUGAGGGCAGCUGUAAGCUCCCAGGUUACUUCUUGUGAGGAUUUAGACAUGGAGGAAGAUCCGUUACGGUCGCCUGAAGAGAAGGAGGGCAGGGAUGGCAGCAUCUCCUGCUCCGUCACCAAUGGGAACAAACGUUUUGUCGGAGGCAUGGGUAAAGUUCAGUCAAUGUCCUCCAUACGGCCUUCGACGGACCCAAACGCAGAUGGCGGCAACGCUACCAUCAAAUCUCCCUCAGCGCCGAUUACUUUCAAAGAGGCAGCUCUAGCAAAGCGUUUCGCAGCUCGUGCAAGGACGCAAAUCACCAAGCGGAAGCGCAUGUCGCUAAUAAAAGAAAAGAAAGCAGCACAAACUUUAAGCGCCAUCCUUUUCGCUUUCAUUAUAACGUGGACGCCUUAUAACAUCAUGGUGCUAGUAAACACUUUCUGCAAUGGCUGCAUACCUGAGAACCUCUGGGCGCUAGGCUAUUGGCUAUGCUAUGUUAACAGUACAGUGAAUCCUAUGUGCUAUGCCCUUUGCAACAAGACUUUUCGUAGCACUUUCAAGAUGAUCCUGCUAUGUCGCUGGGAUCAGAAAAAAAGCAAGCCAAGCUUUCCACAAAGACAGGCUGUGAGGUUUCACAGAAGCAUACCAAUAGACUCCACAUAGCAGCUAGGUGGUGAGGCUAAACUGCUAACGUUAAAAUGUAAGCUGCAAGGGGUGAUUUCUCCAAGUAUCUGUACUAUAUACUGAAGCUUUAAUGUGUGAGUGUCAAUGUGGAUGUGUAGUUCAGUCUCUUAAGAUCCCGGGUCACUAGAUUUUAACAUUAAAAGGCACUGUGAUUUAGUGUACAUAGAGCUUCACAACUGAGCAAGUGCAAUUGCCAUAAAUACUUCCUGUGGACUUUUAUACAGUAUGCCUUUAAAUCGGCAGUGCCAACUUUCAGGAGUUCAGCAGCAACAUAUAAAAAAGUACAUUUAAAAUGGAGACUGUAUAUCUUGAACCUCAGAGAGUUGAUCGGAUGUGAUACUCUCAAUUAUUUGUUUGAAUAUUUUAGGGUUGAAUAUUAGAUAUCGCAUUCUUGUCAAUGAACAGAAACUAAAAUGUGAUUUUUAAAUAAGGCGAUGUAUAUCAAAGUAUUUACGGUGAAUAAUAAUAAGAUAUUUCGUUUUGUAAGUGAAAUUUUCUGAUUUCUGUGAAAGCGUCCCACACAGAGGUUCAGUAUCUUUGCUGUCUUGGUAAGUGUAAGUGUUCUUCUGCAACAUGUGAGCCACAGUUGAACACUUUGUAGGUUUUUUCUCUCCUGUUGAGAUUUUUUUGGUUAUUCAUAAACAGCACUUCCAUAAGCUGCUCUUGUAUAAAGCGUGGUUGUUUACAUUCGUUUUGCUACAAGUAUUUCAAUAGCUAUAAUGUACGUGUUCAGUGCACAUUGAGUUUGUUUGUAUAUGUUUGGAAUGCCUUAUGUUUGAACUUUUACGAUUGUGCACUGAUUAUACUGGGCUAGCUGUGAAAUCAAUUAUGAAAUCUAAAGAAUGUUUUUAUCAUCAUUCAGAAUUUGACAUUAGUGUGCUGGGAUGUAAUUCCAUUUACAACCAAAAUGUUUACUUUAUCACCACAUUAUUUUGGAGGGCCAGGUUUUAAUAUAGUAAGCCAAAUUGGUUAUCUAAAGUAGCUGCAUAUUUCUUUAAUAAAAAGCACACCAAAUUUAGACCUAUCAAUCAAACAUUCAUGUUUCUUCAAUUAAGGGCUCCGUUGGCCCUGUGAAGAUAAUAAAAAAUUUUAAACACGCACAGUUUAAUUUCCCCACUGACAAUGUUCAACAGUGGACUUAGAGUACAUGCAUUGUCAUGUAUCUAAACGUUGUGUAUAUUUAAAAUAUUUUCAUCACAUCUCAAUUGAUGUGUUGUUUUUUAAUUACCUUCUGCAAUGGAAAUCAAAUUUUAAACAUUUGUGGAAUAAAUGGCCUACUCUUUUUCUUGCUAAGGAUAAAUUCAUAGCAUUUUAUGUAUACUGAAAUACACAAUUAAAUACCAUUCUUCACACUUUUUUGUCAAAAUGAAUUAAAUAAUUAAAUAAUCUUUGGAAAUUACACAAAUUUUACAUUUACUAUUCAGUUCCAACCCUGGUGUUUUGAGGAAUUACGAAUAAUUGCCUGAUUUGUAAAUUACUCACCAUUUGUAUUAGAGUAACAAAACUAACUUUUUUAUAUGUUUUUAUGUUUUACAUUGCAAAAAAGGCUGUAAGUUUUGUAAGGCCUUGUAAGAUCAAAGUUAAAAUUGAGCUUCUGUACAGUGUUGUUUGUGACUGUGUUCUCGUUUUGUUCCAAACUGGCUGUGUACAAGUCAAAGUUUAAUGAUAGAGUUACUGUCAGAUUUGUAGUAACUGCUGAAUGUUUCAAAAAUACAGCCCAGUACAAAAUGCAUUUUUUUUUCCUCGGAUUGUUUCUCAAAAUAAAUGUAACAUUUUAAAAUGCAUUGUUGCUCUUAGUAAAUACACAACAUAUUUGUGGAA